AUCCAGACCAGUUCAGUGGCUCUACGACUCUACCGGCUCCGACUCUGCCGACUCCAGUGAACUCCACCAACUCCACAGCUUGCGCUUGCCCGCUUGCCGGAGUCCGGAGGUGUGUGGUUGUCCCUGUUUGUCUUGGUCGUCGCCGCCGGGCUGGCCGGGCACCCGGGCUCGCUCGCUUUCAUUUCUUGACUCGUCUUUUUGGCCUAUUCUUCAGCUCAAAAUCGCCUGACCGAGAGUUCCAGCGAGGCUGGUGACGCGGUGCGUCCGACUUUGGUUCAUCGAGUCAACUUUCACGCUCCCUUCAAAAUGGUAUGCUGCAGCGCCGUGGGAUGUUUCAACACCAGCAAAAAGGGGUUUGCGCUCUAUCGCUUUCCCACGGGAGAACAAAACCGCGAGAGACGACGCAUCUGGGUAGCGAACGUCGGGCGUGACAAGUGGACGCCAAACGCCAACUCUCGUCUCUGCGAGGUUCAUUUUGACAAACACCAGUACGAGAUUGGUAGGCAGGACGGAUGGAAGAAGUUGAAAUUGACUGCCGUUCCCACAUUAUUCUCACGCUUGGUGAAGGAAACGCCGCGAAAGCUUCGGAAAACUGGACGGGUUGUGUCACGUGCCAGCCGACCUUGUACCAAAGACGCCUGCUUGCCGAUUCCCUCGACACCUAAUUGCCUUUCAGCGGAAACUCUGCAGUGCCAUAAUAGCACUGUUCCAGAGAAUCUGAACGCCGAGAGCUUUCCCCAAACCGACAAUCCGUUCAAGCAAGAAGUGUCGACAUGGUCCCAGAAAGAGUCAUCCACAGAGAGCCACGAAGCACAAACUCCGGAGCCCUUCGCUACAGAGUUGGAGACUAAGCACCAAGAUCACCUGUACAGCACGGCGCAUGAGAGGCCACAGACUGUUCAGUCAUACAGCCACGCUCUAAUCGAAGCUCCCUGUGUGCCUGCUUCCUCGACAGCUGGCCUGGCAGUGCUCACUCCGGUAGGUGGUCAUGCUACACCAUUGAAACCUAAGUACGAAGAUUGCCCGUGCAAUACGCCGCUUGAUGGGCCACAGACAGUUCCACCGUUCAGCCAUCCUAUAAUCGAAGACCACUGCGUGUCUGCUGCCUCGACGGCUGGCCCGGUAGCAGACACUCCGCGGCACACCGUCAACUCGCAGUGGAAUUCGAAAGUCGACGGCCAUACCCAAACUGACAGUCCGUGUCUGCCGGGGUUGCCAACAUCGUUCCAGAUAGUGCAGCUCGUGCAGUAUGCAACGGAGCAGGAGAAGGUGGAAGACCUUAGCGAGGACGUUGCCGAGCUGAAGCGGCAAGUCCAAGCCUUGCAGAAGAAAAACAACGCCCUCACACAAGAAAUGAAACGUAUCGUCGAAGGUCUCGGCGCCGUGUUCACGGAGGAUCAGACGCGCGCUCUCGGGAGGCAUUCGAAUCACGGAAACGCGUGGUCCCCGGCUACGAUACAGAAAGCGCUGGAGCUGCAUCUCGCGUGUGGGUCGGCCGGCUACAACCUGCUCCUCUCACAGGGACAGCCUCUGCCCUCGGAGCGUACCUUGCGACGUCACCUCCUUGGUGGUGUCAAGUUCGGCCCUGGAGUCGUCGGAGAGAAGUUGGGCCCCACGACGAUCAAAGUGGCUGCUUCGAAGCCUGGUGUGGCCAUGAUCGACGAGGGUGCAGCCGUUGUCAUUGCCCUAUAUGACGGCUCGCACGAAUGUGCGCUGGGCCUCUGACGCGUCGCGCUCGGAUUUUGUUGCCUGGUGGGCAGUGGUCGCGGUCACCAGGUACGGAAACGCCAAGCGUUCCUUGCGGACGUUAUGUGAAUACCAGUCGUCAUUACAUGGAUGUUUUUCUUGCUGCUUCAGUGCUGACCAUCAAGUGCUUAGGAUUUUGUUGGAGCGGCCCUGUCGUUUUGUGAGAGGACAUUUGAGCCUAGCUAAACACACCCACCGAACACUCCCUGGUGUGAGCACGUUUCUGGGCAUUGCUUCGAACCUGGAGCCGAACUAUCGCUGCCAUCAAUCUGGCUUAGCGAGCUAAGCCAGUGAAAUCGAAGCACCCAGAGCCGUGUGGCUGCAAUAAAGAUAUCCCAAAGUUGUAUAUAAGUG